AAUAGAAAAGGAAAAUAGAAAUGGUGAUGGUAGUAAAAAUGGAGGAAAGAAAGAAAGAAGAUAAAUUACAAGCAGUAUGGUUUGCAGCAGGAGUGGCUGCUUUAAUGGCAUGUUUAGAACGUGCAAUUUUAGUUUCUUUUGUGGAACAAUGGCGACUUAUAGCAUUUCUUGCUCUUAAUCUCUUACUCUUAGCUAUUCUUUUUACAUCUACAAGUACUACUCCCACAACUCCAAUUGUUGAAAUCAGCAACAACACUACUACUACUGAAUCCAAGAUUGAGGUAAAGGUGAGGAAAGAAUGCAAGAAAUAUGUAGUGCCUUGUGUUGAAGAUAUAUCAGAAGUAGCAAUUACAAAGGAUGUGAAAGAGGAAUAUCCAAAAAUAACAGACAAUAAGGAAAACAAAGAAGAACAAUUAUUAGAUGAAGCUCAGCAAAUUUCAAUGGAGGAAUUGAAUGAAAGAGCAGAGGCAUUUAUAGCAAUGUUCAGACAACAUUUAAUAUCUGAUGCAAAGGCUUAUAGUUAUAGCAAAAGCUGUAGAAUUCGAACUUCAAUUUCACUCAAAGGAGGUGACAAAAAUUUUCCCAAACGUAGACCCAUUUAUUAAAUUAGAUCAACUAUUCUAGUUGAGAGAACAAAAAAAUCAAGGUGGUUCUUUUCAUUCAAAAGCAUUUUUACUUGUGUAAUGCUAAAGAUUUUUCUGAAUA